CCCUCACCACCCACAGAACGUCUCCGUCUAUAUUUUUUUUUAAAACUGUCAUUCUUUAUUUUCAAUAUUUUGAGCCUUCAAUUUCAUCUUGAUCGUGAGAUCAUCCAUGUUCGAGUCCGUAAGAAGUAACGAUUCCUUCAUGAAAAUCUACUUUUACUUCAACUCCAAUGGAUUGUCCCAAUGUGGUAUAGAAAUUCCUUUUUGGUUAGUUUGUUUUAACUUAACGGAACAACAAAAAGUCUGAGUUGCUUUGCCGCUGGAAGAUUCUUCGGAUGAUCGAUGAAUUCGGGCACUGUGAGAAUACGUUUGGUUUUUGAAGAGGGGCAGCUACUGAGCAAGUCUCACAGGAAAAAUGGACUGAAACGGAGUUGGAUUCUUCUCAAAUCUCAUCUCCCUACCAUUUCCGACUUCUCUUCCUAUCUUCUUGACUUUUUCUUGCUUCGCAGUGCUUGUCCUCAUGGCCUCAUUCUUUCCAUGGAUGGUUUUGUUCUACCUCCUUUUGAGCCUACUUCUAUUUUGAAGGAUAAAGAUAUUGUUAGGGUUAAGAAGAAUGCGGACAAUGUGGCUGCAGUUGACAAGAUGGAAGAGCUUGUGAACAAGUGCACUGACUACAAAAAUGAAGCAGAUGCAGUUGAUGAACCUUAUGAUCUUCUGCGUCAGUUGGAAGACACUUUGGAUGCGGGAAGCGUUAAGAAAACACUUUCCAGCAAGAGGAAGGCACUGAAAACACUUCACAGUUCAAAGAUGAAGAAAAAAAGAGUUGUUCCAACUUCCAAAUAUUUGAAGUUUCGUGCAGAGCAUAAUGGUAGAUUCCAGCACAAAGUUUUUCUUUCUGAAAAGAGACUGAUCAAGAAACACAAACCAUCCAACGGUCAUACUGAUGCAAGUGUCUCCAACAAGCAAAAGCUUCAAAAGUUUUCUUCUCCGGAAAAGGAUAAAAGGAAAAUGAUGAGGAAGCAGGUCAAAACUCGGAAGAAAAAGGUACAGCAACAAAGAGUUGAAAAGAGUAACAGUAAGUUACCUGAUGAGAAUUACGUUGAGGACUCUGAACAGCUAGCUGGCAGUAGUGAUGAUGAAGAAAUUGUACCGGUGGUAAUUAGACCCGGACAUGUUCGUUUUCUGCCUCUUGGUCAAGCAGAGGCAAACCAGAUUGUCCAUCCAGCUCAAGCUUCAAUGGACACCAUACGGUUGAAUGGGAUGGCAGUUAAGAAUGUAAGAAACAGGGGUCAAAGGAAAUCCUCAUCUUGGACGAGUAACUGCAAUAACUGUGAAGGACAAAGUUCUAAGCCGCAAGCUGAAAAAGGUUUAUCGACUAUGAACCGCCCAAUUGACUUCAAUAAGCUUAAACCUUGUGCUAGCUUGCCCGAGAGAGGUGAUAUAAUUGCAUAUCGUUUAAUAGAAUUAUCAUCAACCUGGACUCCGGAACUUUCCUCCUUCAGAGUUGGAAAGGUAUUGUGGUGUAAACCUGAAGCAAAUAAGAUUAUGACGAUUCCAGUUCCAGAAUAUCCAUUUGUUUAUAAGAAGGCGAUGAAUGAUGAAUCAAUUAAACAUCCAUAUGCAGAGGAUGGCUCUUUAAAGACAGAUUACUCCUCACUCAUUGACAUCAAAAUCGUUGAGCAUAAAAACUCAGUAGGUUUUGAAGAAGCUGCCGGUAAUAUCAGAGAAGCAUCCGGUGCAAAACAAAGCUGGAACAAGUGGGAGAACCAUUCCACUACACCGAAACAAAGCUGGAACAAAUGGGGGGAGAACCACCCCAAGCCACCAAAACAAAGCUGGAAAAAGUGGAAGGACAGUACCAGUGUACGGGUCAUUUCAGGAAAUGUAAAGGAAAAUGCAUGGGAUGAAAUUCUCCAGGCUUUCAGCGCAAAGAAAGCUAAUUUGUCCAAUGAAGUUCGAUGGAGAACAGGGGAGAAGAAAGCUUGGGAAGGAGCUCAUGAUCCAUGAGAAUCACUCCAGUGGGGUACAUUUGCUAGCAUGUAAAGUCAAGCACCUCAAGGGCAAGAUGUCUAUUUUUCAAUUUAUGCAAUAUUGUACAAGAUUUUGCUACAUUCUCUGUAAAAGGCUAUGGAACUUAGGGGCAUUUUGUUUGAGUGUUUAGGCUCAAUAAUUUCAUCUUGUUGUAGAGAACUUUUCUAUUCUAUCAUGGUGGAAGCAAAAUGGGGAAUGCUGCUUCGCUUCCAUCUCAAGAUAGAAUAUUUUCAGCUACAGGAGUAUAUUGUUUGUGCCUGCUAGAGAAACUUUAAUGUAACAAAAAUACUUCAGGAA